AUGGGUGCGCGGAGCCUGAGCGUUGAGGGGCGUUGGUUCCUCGUGCUGGGCCAGGGCAGCUGCUCCCGCCCCGGUGGGGGGUGGUGGAGGCCCGGGAACAUCACCCUCCCGGCUGGCUCUCGGGCGUGCUUCACCUGCAGAAAGCCCCAGGAUGGUGUGGACCCAGGUCAGAUGAGGACUCCGGGCAGCGGCGUGGUGGCACUGGGACGUGGUCCGCAGACAAGCCCUUGA